CCUCAUCCCAAACACAGUGUUAAUGAAAAAAGCAGAGCUACUUUGGCACUCUCUCGAUUCACUCUGCUCUCGUCUCUGGUUCUUGUUCUUCCACCGCCGCUUUCCACCCGCCAUUUUCAAGCCCUUAGCUUAGCUUACCUCCUACCGUCCCUAAAUGCUGUCCCAAUUAUCUUCUCUUUCCCUCUUUCAAUCCACUUCCCAGCUCCUGCUGCAUUGCUCCCCCGCCGCCGCAUCACAACCUCUUCGCAGCCUCCCUUCGGCCGCUGCCACCUUCCCAACUCCUAGAUUGCAGCCUCGCUUUCCUCUCUCGCUCAAUCGCCGAAUUCGCCUCGCUUCCGCUUCAAUGACCGCUGCUUCGCAGCUUCCUCGACGAUGGUUCCUUUCUCUCGUCGACUGAGCUAGACGGUUUUGCUGAUAUCGCCGGCAAAUUGGCUGAUGCUUCCGAGGAAGUCAUCCGAAAGUACUUCCGCAAGAAAUUCGAAAUUCUCGACAAGGACGAUCUGAGUGAGCUUUCGUUUUAGGUCUGAGUAGAGCUAUUAUUGAUUGCUCUCUCCAAUUUGCAAUCAGGGUAAACUUAUUCAUUUCAUUGCAGGUCCGGUGACGAUUGCCGAUAGAGCAGAUGAGGAAGCAAUGACUUCGAUCCUAUUGCAGCACUUCCCUUCUCAUGCAAUGUGAAGCUUUUGUUUGUCGAUUCUUUUGUCACUAUAACAAACAUUCGUUUGUUGAUUCCUUCUGUUGCUAUGUAUUAUCCAAGAGUUGUCAAGAUGAUAAGGAAGAUGUUGCAGAUGUUCAUGAAGGCAAAGCAGAAGAUGCAGAGCUGGAAUGAACUUCGAUAUGCAUACUGAAGAAGAUGGCAGAGAAGCGUGUUUCGGACUCGAAGAUGAUUCGUUGUAUGGGAAACGUUUCGAGCCUUCGUCCGGAACGCGUCGUUGUUUUUAGCAUUUAUCUACGUUGUAAUAAGAAGAGUAAAGUUAGUUUCAUUUCCACCUGUUGUUAUUAGCCACAUGCUGUGGUGAACUUUACUUACCGUUGAAACGGUAAAUUUGGAAAUGAAUAAAAACCAGAGAACCCCGAGCUGCUGCUCUUUGCGGGUUUCCGAUCAAAAACCUCAGCCCCUCUUGAUAUUUUCUACAUGGUAUCAAAGCUCCAGAUCUGAUUCUCGCUUCUGCCGGACAUGGCUGGUGCAUCUCCAUUUACUCCUCCUGGUAGCAGUCGUGCUACCGGUGGCACCGCCGGUGUCCAGUUUGGGAGCUUCGCUGAGAAUCAGAUGUCGGGUGGCCGAGGUGAGAUCCAAUUUGGAAACCCCUUUUACCUGAAUCCAAAUGAGAAUCUCUCUCAGUCUCUUGUUACUGAGCUUCUUGAUGGUAGCAACUAUUCUAUGUGGAGUCGUUCUAUGCGUUUGGCGCUGAAGACCAAGCACAAGCUGGGCUUCAUCGAUGGGUCUAUACAUGUCCCGCCUCCUGGCAGUGACAACUUCCAUUUGUGGGAUGGCUGUAACAUCAUUGUUCUCUGUUGGAUUGUUAAUUCCUUGAAAAAGGAAAUUGCUCGCAGUGUGAUGAAUCAUGAGAAUGCUCGCAUUCUGUGGGAGGAAUUGAAGAGACGAUUUGGUCAGCCAAAUGCCUUGCGCAUUAUUAAUCUCGAAGAUGAAUUUCAGGCUUGCAAGCAGGGUGGUCGCUCUAUCACUCAGUAUUACACUGAGGUCAAAGGGUUUUGGGAGGAUCUCCAGCAAUUUUCUCCUAUCGUGCCCUGUAUCUGUGCACCCAACAAUCUUAUUCCCUGUCCAGCUGUUGUUGCCUUUCAAACUAAGCAAGAAACAGAUUACUUAAUUUGCUUCUUGAGGGGGCUCAACAAGGAGUAUGAGAUGGUGAAAACCCAGUUACUUAUGAUGAAACCUUUGCCUACUGUUACCGCUGCUGUGGAUGAUUUGCUUCAACAUGAGCAAAAAUUGAAAGGGGAUCAGACCAAGUCUAAGGGUAGUCAGUCUGUAGCUCUGGCUGUUACCUCUCAGCAAGGAAGGGAUCAAUAUAAAGGGAAACAGGAGGCUGGUUCGGGCACAGGGAAACUGUUCUGCAGGUAUUGCAAGCGUACUGAUCAUAAUAUCAAGGAUUGUUGGAAGUUGAAGAAGAAAGAACAGGAGGCUGGUGGUUUUUCUGGAUCUGUUUCUACAGACAGUGCAGCUCUUUCUUCUGACAGCACUAGUAGCCUUUCUGAUGACAGUGUUAGUCCAACUAAAGUUGUCAAUGCCUUCUCUACAGAAGAAAUCACUCGUCUCAAGACCCUCUUGCAGUUUGGUAUUGAUGCUGGCCCCUUAUCACCUGGUAGCUCACCCAUGAUCAAUCCUAAGGCCUACUCUGUGGCACAAUUCUUACCUGCUUUCCCAAAUCAAGCUGGUAAGUUUGUUCUUUCCUCACACAGAACCUUGGAUGAAUCUGUUUUGAGAACCAUUUGGAUACUUGACACUAGGGCCUCAGAUCAUAUCACAUGCUCUUUAGAUCAUUUUGUUGAUUACACUGUGAUUCACAACACGUUUGUUUACUUGCCUAACAACCAAAGAGUCUUAGUAAGCCAUCUAGGAACAGUCCACUACCUUCUGGUCUAGUCCUCUACAAUGUCCUCCUAGUUCCCAGCUUCACAUUUAACCUCAUUUCUGUUAGCAAGUUAACCACAGAAUUACCUCUUUCUUUACACUUCCACUCUUCUGUAUGUGACAUGCAGGACCAACAGACCCAGAAGAGCAUUGGUUUGGCAAGACAAAGUAGAGGCUUAUAUCUACUCGACCUUUCUACCUUCGAGUCAUUUCCUUCAAUACUUCCCACUUCCUCUCCUCAGGGUGCCUUCACAUACAACCUACAACCACAAGACAUUAGCUUAUGGCACUGGCGUUUAGGUCACCCCAGUAGAGAUAGACUACAACUAUUUAUGAAGCAAAACAAUGUACCUCACAAUGAAUCUGUUUCUCAUUG